AUAAUAACUUCAAGAACAAUGCAUAGUAUGUCCGCAAGGGUAGCAGCCUACCAUCAUAGAAACAACAUGUCCGAAGAAGCAACUAAUGGCGUAUCCUCCCCAUCACCAGCUCCGCCUACCGCAGAAUUGGCUGAAAUGGCUUUGGAAGAGCCCAAGGUCACAUUCCAAGAUCAAUUCAAAGCCUUCUCGAAAUUUGGUGACACCAAAUCGGACGGAAAACUGAUUACCCUUUCACAAAGCGACAAAUGGAUGAAACAAGCUAAAGUUAUUGAUAAGAAAAUCACGACCACCGACACCGCCAUUCACUUCAAGAAAUUCAAAGCAAUGAAAAUCUCAUACAAUGACUAUAAUAAAUUCCUAGAGGAUUUAGCCAAGACCAAAAAAGUUGAGUUGCAAGAAAUAAAAAACAAAAUGGCUUCAUGCGGUGCUCCCGGAGUUAUACAUGUUUCGGCUGGUAAAGCUGCAUCAGCUGUGGAACGCUUGACGGAUACUAGCAAAUACACCGGUUCCCACAAAGAACGUUUUGAUGCCAGCGGCAAAGGCAAGGGUAUUGCCGGACGUAAAAAUAUUGUCGAUGAUUCUGGCUAUGUAACAGGUUAUCAAAACAAAGAUACCUAUCCCGAGGGACAACAAUAAUCA